CGCGCAAGCGCGCGGCCGCGCCGCCGGGCCGUGCGAGAGGGCGGGCGACGCAUGCGCGGGCGGCGGCGGCCUUAAGGACGGCGGCGGCGGCCCGGAGGGGCCCAGUCGGCCUGUCAGCCGGCUUGGAGGGACCGCUCGGCGCUUGCGCGGCGACAGCGGCCAUGGCGGCGGAGGAGGAGGAGGUGGACUCGGCGGACGCCGGCGAGAGAUGCCUUAGAUCUUGGAUCCUCAGCCUUCCUAAUAAGGUCGGUGCUCAGCUGAUGGGGCUGUGUAGAAAACCUUUUGAUGCACGUUGGUCAGGAUGGCUAACUGGUUGGCUUCCUACAUGGUGCCCUACAUCUACAUCACACCUUAAAGAAGCUGAAGAGAAAAUUUUAAAAUAUGUCCCCUGCACAUACAAAAAAGAACUUGUUCGUAUAUCUAAUGGAAAUAAAAUAUGGACACUGAAGUUCUCGCAUAAUAUUUCAAAUAAGACUCCACUUGUCCUCCUUCAUGGUUUUGGAGGAGGACUUGGACUCUGGGCACUGAAUUUUGAAGAUCUUUGCACUGAUAGACCCGUCUAUGCUUUUGACCUCUUGGGCUUUGGACGAAGUAGUAGACCCAGAUUUGACAGUGAUGCGGAAGAAGUGGAGAAUCAGUUUGUGGAAUCCAUUGAAGAGUGGAGAUGUGCCCUAGGAUUGGACAAAGUGAUCUUGCUUGGACACAACCUGGGUGGGUUCUUGGCUGCUGCUUACUGUUUGAAGUACCCAUCAAGGGUUAAUCAUCUCAUUUUAGUGGAGCCUUGGGGUUUUCCUGAGCGACCAGACCUUGCUGAUCAAGACAGACCAAUUCCAGUUUGGAUCAGAGCCUUGGGAGCAGCAUUGACUCCUUUUAACCCUUUAGCUGGCCUCAGGAUUGCAGGGCCCUUUGGUUUAAGUCUAGUGCAGCGUUUAAGGCCUGAUUUCAAACGGAAGUAUUCUUCGAUGUUUGAAGAUGAUACUGUGACAGAAUACAUCUACCACUGUAAUGUACAGACUCCAAGCGGUGAGACAGCAUUCAAAAAUAUGACUGUUCCUUACGGAUGGGCAAAAAGGCCAAUGCUCCAGCGAAUUGGUAAAAUGCACCCUGACAUUCCAGUUUCAGUGAUCUAUGGCGCCCGAUCCUGCAUAGAUGGCAAUUCUGGUACCAGCAUCCAGUCAUUACGACCACAUUCAUAUGUGAAGACAAUAGCCAUUCUUGGGGCAGGGCAUUAUGUGUAUGCAGAUCAACCAGAAGACUUCAACCAGAAAGUAAAAGAGAUCUGUGACACUGUGGACUGAGCACACUGAAGAUGAUGUGGGAAAACAUACUGACUGAUACAAUCCCUCAGCAGUAAUUCAGUCGAUGGUGAAGAGUAAGGAAUACAACAAAAGAAUGAGGCAGUCUUCUUGACUGUACUUUGCACAUGUUUUCUUUGUGAAGUUGCUUGCACAUUUAAACCAGUUAGUGCCUUCUAGAAGAAUGGCUUUCCUUUCUCCUACACAAAAUCGAAAUAUACAAGAGUCUCUAAACCUAAUAGCUUUAAUAAAGGUUAUUUGUCCUUCUGCUAUAGUGAAAAAUUAGAAUUUUUCAACUGAAAUUCUUUUCAUUUCUAUAUAACUUUGCUAUGUCAAGUACUUUUUAUAUUACAUUCUAUAUUGCCAAUUUUAAAGAGUGAUUUCUGGGUCUAUUAUUUUAUAUCCUGUAAAAGUGCACUUUAUUUUCUUUGCUUGUUGUUACCAUGUCUAAUAACUGAUAUAGUUAAUCAAAAUUCAAUGUGUUUUUAUGUAAAACUGUCACUUGUGUAGAAUACUUCAUUUUGAAAUGGAGUGAUGAGAUAGCAUUUUGGUUAAAAAGAUGGGAGUUGAUCACUAGCAUUAAUUUUUCUGGUUUUCCCAUGUUCUCUAUUUAUGGCUGCAAAGCCAUGUUCAACGUUUUGAAUGUCAUCCAUCCUGACAUAUCUGCAUCAGCAUAACUCUGUGGAGUCGUCUAUUUGUGAUAUAAUUCUCCACUUCCAGCGAAACAUGACAUUAAUACUUAAGAGAUUCAAGUACUGAAAAGCCUUAAGUAAAAGAACUGUUCUUUUUAAAAACCCCCAUUAGUACUCUUCUGUGAACCAGGAUGCAGCUUUUCAAAGGAACAGAUUCCCCGACUGAGAGGAUAUUAAGACUGUUACCUUCCAGUAAGCCAAAUCAUAUAUUUUCAUUAACAUCUAACUCUAUAGAUGGGUGCUAAAACUGGAUUACAUUUUUACCACUAAAAUAUAAAAAUAGGUGGUGCUAUUAUGUCUCACAGCACCAGAAAUAAGGUAGCACUUGGGUUUUGUUUUUUUUUGAGUUUUGUGUUAAUUAAAUAAUUUACAUACUUGAAGUUAUAUUACAAAAAUUCUAUAAGGUUGAUUGAACUAUUUAACAAUAAUUACCAUCAAGUGUAGCACUUUCUUGCUGUUUUAAAGUGAGGAAAACUUCUUUGAAACUGUGAAAAAGCUCCAUGUGGUAACUGGCUGCUGAGAAAACCCUCUGAAGAAGAAAAUUGAAUAGAAUUGUCACCAAAAAGGCAUCUUUGCCGUAUAUUUUGCUGACAAAACCUUGCUUGUCUCGGAAAAACGUGAUUAUGUAAAUGAAAACAGUGAGGUAGAACAAGUAAUGGUUUGACGGUUUUGACUAUUACAUUUUUUAAAUGGUUAAUUAGGAGAUUUGUAAUUGUUAGGAAUUGUAAGGUGGUAUCACUGUUGAUUAACUGCCAGAAAGACCGAAUGUUCUGUUUUCAGCAUCAUCUCCCCUACAAAAGAAUAGGCAAAUUAUACUGAAGCAUGACAGAUAGCUUCCCCAUGAACAGUUUGUCUCACUUGUCGGAUUAGCUAGAUUAAUGUGAAAGGUAACGUGAGAGCCAAGACAUGUUGUAAGAUUUCUCUACUUUAAGAACGAAAGUAGCCUUUACUUUUUUGUUAGUAUUUUGGAUGGCCAGAUUCAAACCUCUAAGUGGUAAAAUAAUUUGGGUAAUAUUUUUGUUUGGUAUAUUCUCCAGUGUCUCUUAAUUAUUCUUUGCUGGCCAUAUGACAGUUUUCACUUGUACAGGAGUUUCUGCCCAGGAAACUUGGUUCCAGCCCUUGAAGGAAGUUACUGGGUUCACUUAGUAAGCUACGGGGUUUCUGGCCACAUAUGUGCCAAGUGAUUCAGGAAAAAGAUGUACCCAAAUGUCAGGUAGAACUUAUUUUCCCACUGACUGAUUUUGCUUUAUUUGAAAAAUAGUGUCAUAAUUCUUUUUAAAAGUUAAAUUUUACCUUGGGCUAUAGUAUAUGUAAUUUUGUGAAGAUUGAACUAGCAGAGAAGGUUACAAUCCUCAAAUUCCUGAAAAUAUGUGGGUGCUAAAUGUUUUCUUUAAAAAAAUUCUAUUAGAGUAAUUGAUCUCUGCUAGAUUAUGCACAGUGUACUUUAUUUUACAGAAUAUAUUUUACUGUGAUAGUGUUGUGUAUUUUCUUGAGUUUCUAGUAUGGCCCCGUCCAUUUCUAUUAGUUGUCUUAGGACCAUGGAUCCAGUAAGUGUUCAGUAGCAGUUGUUGGCAUUCUGAGGGAAGGCUGCCCUGCAGUGCUGGGACCUUCAUACACGGCUCUACCCAUGUGCACACAUCCCUUAGUAUGAUUCCUCUUUUCUUCUAAAACUAAUUUUCAAAAACAAGGUUGCUUAAAGUUCGUUUUAGAGUAUUAUUUAGAAAAUACUUUUGAAAUGUCUCUAUUUGUAUAUGUAUAUAUAUAUUUUUAUACUUUAAAGGGCAUACUAGAUCCAAGUAAAACAAGAAGUUUUUCCCUGUGUGAAGGGACUGGAAAGAAGAAACAAUGAUAGUCAGAAGAACCCUAGAAAAGAAGAGUGGGGAAGGAGGGGAUAACUCUACUAGAUAUCAUAACAUACUGUAAACAAUAUAGAGAAAGUCCAGGAAUUUGGUAUAUAAAGGAAGCAUCCUAUCAAUGGAGGAAAAGACUUAGAAAAUGGAGUUGAGAUAAAUGUGCUUAACUAUAUGGAAGAACAUAAAAUUGAAUCUAUUUCUCACACUGUACACACGGAUAAAAUCUGAAUGGAUCAGAAACCCAACUGUAAAAAUGAAACCUUCUAAAUAACUAGAAAAAAACGGUGAAUUUCUUUAUAAUCUGAGAGUAGGGGAAACUUCCCUAUGACUGAAAAUCCAGAAGCAAUAAAAGGAAAGGUUUGUAUCUUUAACUGAAAAUAGUAGUGUUGGGUGGUCUUAAAAAAACAGUUAAAAAGUAAAUAAUAAAUGGGCAAAAAUAUUUGCAACAUUUAUAACAAAAGGCAAAUAUAGCCCUAAUAUGUGAAGAAUUUCUGAACUUUGAGAAAUUGGCAAAAUGGGUAAAAAGAUAUGAACAGACAGUUCGGAGAAAAUGCAAAUGGCCCUUAAACAUAUGAGGACAUGCCUACUAAGAGAAAUGGGAAUUUAGACUACCAAGAUGCCAAGGCCCAUUUUCUUACCUAUGAGAUUGGGAAAAAUCCAAGUAACACAGUGCACUCUGUUGCUGGUGAGACAGUGGGGCAACAGGCACUCUGAAAAGCACAAAUUCCUACGGAUGGAAGUGGUUAAUAAUUAGCAAAAUUAAAUAUAGGUUUAUCCUUCAGCCAGGCAGUCUCACUUCUAAACCUGUCUGAGGUGUGCUGGCAACAAUACGAAAUGGCGUAUGCACGAAGAUCUUCAUUAUAGCACUGUUUAUAACUGCUAAAGGUCGGAAGCCACCCAAAUGUGGGAGGGGAUUGACGGAAGAAACAAUGGUACUUCCAUACAGUGGAAUACCACACAACUAUAAAAAGAAAUGAGGCCUGUUUCUGAAUACUAUUCUGGAGUUAUCUCUAAAGCAGAGGAGGUGAAGAAUAGGUGGUGUGGUGUGCUACUUACUGUGUAAGAAAGGAGGAGACGAGUGGAAGAAAUAGGCAUUUGCUCCUAUUUUUCUAUUUUAAAUGCAGUGGAAGAAUUAGUUAUACCAAUAACUAAUAAAUCAGUUCCCGUGGUGGUGGUGGCAGGGAACUCGACAGGGAUGGCAACUAGAUCUGUAUCUUGUUUUAUACUUUUCACUUUGGGAUGCUGUCAGUGUUUUCUAAAAUUAAAAGUGACUCUUAAAACUAAAAUUUAACUAUCAGGUUGGAGGUAUAACCACACAUAGAAGAAUUCCUUCAAGUGACUUUAAAGCCCAGCAUUUUGUCUGCACUUUCCUAGUGGAAUAUGUUCUACAGACCAAAGAAAUCUUAAACUGCAUUCGGCAUUUUUUAUUUUUAGCAAUGAUAUUGGUGGUGUCAUUUUGAAACUGUGUGUAUAUUUAUAUGUGAUAAAGCAAAUAUUUAUUAUGUUCAAUGGAAUUAAGAGCCAAGAUUUUCACCAUAAGAGAAAAGAGAUACAAAAAUAAAGUAAAAGCCCUGUGGUUGUAUAUUUCAAUUGGAAAUACUAAAUACUGUAGUUUAUUUUUCUCUUUCUGAAAAACACAUUUUGCAUAGCUUUGUCCACUGAAAAGACCUAGAAAAAGUCACAACCUGGCAGUAAGGUCCACCAUAGCACCAAGCCUGUCCCACUAAAAGGGGCAGGGAAGGGACAGCAUGAGGCUGGAACAUCUUAUGUCUGAAAGCUAGGAAAUAAUCAGAGUAACGUCAUGUCAGAAGGACCCAGGAGCCAACUUGAAGGGAUUCCCAUUGGCAAAAGAUGGAACGAUUUGAACAUCAAAAGGAAUAGUGGAUUGAAACAUAUGAAAAUCCAUGAGGUCAUAAUGAUAGGUAAAAAACCAAACUAUUGGUUACCUUUGGAGGUUGCUAGGGCACCAACCCAUUAUUUUGAAAAUUGCUAACUGGAAAAAUGAAGCGUUUAUCCUGACUUUCUUGUGUAUCAGGUUAACUUGAUAAGGGAAAGUUCUUCACUUAAGAAUCAUAGCUAAAUAUAGCCAGAGAAAUGAUUGGGUUAAGAAAUCACCAUUUUGUCACUUCUAGUGAAGUAAUGGAUCUAGGCUGCUAAAAGUAUUAGGUGAAAGUUGAUGAUGGGAAACAUUUUUUGGAUGGCUCAGGUUGGUAACAUCUGAACUCAGUGAUCAAUCUUAGCAUUACUGAAAAAAGAACAACCAGAUGUUACAUGCCUGCGAUGUGUUGCAAUACUAAGAACCCAACACCAGCCACGAUGAGGUAUUGCCCAAAAUGGAAUUGAACCUGAAUCUAAUCAAGCUUCUGCAUCUAACAAUCAGUUUGUAAAAACUCCGGAUAUUGGGGCCAGCCUGGUGGUGUAGUGGUUAAGGUCACGCACUCCGCUUCAGUGGCCCAGGGUUCCUGGUUUCAGAUCCCGGGCACAGACCUGCACUCAUCAGGCUGUGCUGUGGUGGCAUCCCACAUACAAAAAUAGAGUAAGACUGGUACAGAUGUUAGCUCAGUGACAAUCUUCCUCAAGCAAAAAGAGGAAGAUUGGAAAACAUGGGAUACCGAGGAACAUGUUAACAUGCUAAAUCGAGAAUGUGGGAAAUUCCGUAGGAUGAGUAAUCCAACUUCUUCAAUAAAUUGAAAGUGUAAAAUAAAGGUGGUGAUGAUAGGACUUACAGAUUGGAGAAACUUAAAGGACUUAUUUCGGUCCUGAUUUGAACAAAAAAAACUUAGACAUUUUUCGAGACACUUAGAGGAAAAUGUAAGGUGGAUUGGAUAUCAGAUGAUAUUAAGGAAUUAUUAAUUUUGUUGGGUGAAAUAAUGAUACAGUGACUACGUUUGUUGUUUUUUUAAGCCUUUAUCUGUUAGAGAUACAUACUAAAGUAUUUGUGGUUGAAAUUAUGACUGGGAUUUACCUAAAUAUAUUCCAAGAAAAAAAAGGCAGAGGGCAGGAAAUAGGUAAAAUGCGCAAAAUGUUACGUUGAAGCUGAGUGACAAAUACAUAGGGGCUUAUGUAGGGGUUUAUUAUUCUAUUUCCUCUACUUUUUUGCAUGCUUAAGAAUUUCCAUAAUAGAAAUGUAAAGAAUAAAAGAAUCCGGAGAGAUUGGAGACUGCCAGUGUAGACAACUUUGUUUUGGGAGUAAAGAAAGAGCAGACAAGUGGGUAAUAGCUGGAGGGGGAACUUGAUGAAUAACCCAGCAGAGAGAGGGAGAAAGUGGUGAUGCAGAAGAGAAUGGUUCAGGUGAGGCAUUAGCAAGGCUAAGGGCAAAUAGGAACUCUAAUAUACUCUUGGUGGGACUGUAAAUAGGUAUUACCCAUUUGGCAAGUAAUUUACAAUAUAUGGUAAAAUUCUAAGUGCUCUAUACUACUUGACAGCCAUAUUUUUCCAGUUUUCAGUCCCACAUACACCAGCACCCAUAUGCAAAGACAUCUACAAGAUGUUCAUUGCAACGUUGUAAUAUUAAAAGUCUGGAACCUAAUAUAUGAUUGAUUAAAUUCUGGUACAUUUAGGGGUCCACCCAGUUCCUGUGCUCUGCUUCAUCGGCCCGGGCUUGGCUCGUUUGGAUCCUGGGCACGGACCUAUGCACCCCUUAGCAAGCCAAGCUGUGGCAGGCGUCCCACAUAUGAAAUAGAGGAAGAUAGGCACAGAUGUUAGCUCAGGGCCAAUCUCCUUGAGCAAAAAGAGGAGGAUUGGCAGCAGAUGUUAGCUCAGGGCUCGUCUUCCUCAGGAAAAAAAAAAUUAUAGCACAUCUGUACACUGGAAUAUUAUGAAGCCUUAAGAAUGAGGUAGAUCUCAAUAUAUAUGUGUAGCAAAUCACAUUGUAUACCUUAAACUUACUUAUGUUGUAUGUCAAUAAUAUUUCAAUGAAGCUGGAAAAAAUGAGGUUUAUAAGUCAUAAUAUGGAAAAUUUCCAGAAUAUCUUUAGUGAAAAAAUUUUUAAAAAUCAAAAACCAAAAUUCAGAAUAGUAUUUUAUAUGUAUACAUACAUACACACAUAUAUAUAUAUACACACACGUAUGUAUAUAUGUACAGAAUAGUGUGUCUAUAAAGUUAUAUGAAGAUAGACUUAUGUGCUCAUAUAUUUGACAUUUUGGGGAGGAUAAAUAUGCACAUGAAUUUGUUAACAGUGGUUAUCUUUGAAAAGGGACAAUUCUUUCUGUUGUGUAUGCUUUUGUAAAUUUUGGAUCCUUGUGCAUUCGUUAUGUUUUAAUAAAAAACAAAAUAUA